AUGCCUUGGUCAUCACAAUACGUUAAAAAAUCAACUCACAAACGUAAAGGUGGACAAAUUCGAUUUACAAGUGAACAAACUGAUGCACUUGAGCAAAAGUUUUGCUAUGACAAAUACUUAUCAUCGCAGGAGCGCAAAGUAUUGGCGAGAGAAUUGGAACUCACUGAGAUACAAGUAAAAACGUGGUUUCAAAAUCGACGGGCUAAAUGGCGACGAAUUCGUAAAGAUGGAGAAGAUGAAGAAAUUCGUUAUCGCGGUAAUUUGCGUACCGCCCUGUAA